AUGGCCAAAGUCAAACAGAAGGUUGCCGGACAAGGUGCGGCGGGUGCCUCAACCCGCGCUGCCCAGGUUGCAAGACAGAAGAAGCAUAAAAUUGCUGUGCAAGGGGAUCCCAAAGAUAAGAAACUAUCCACGGUGGUCGCAUUUACGGAAAACCCUCCUCCAGGAUACACGUUCAUCGCUGCAGGAAAUCCCGAACUUACCAAUGCGUUGAAAGAAUUCGCCAGCCGUGGCCAGCACAAGAUCUUUGUCGUCACUAUCACCCCUCAUGCCAAACGCCACGAGUUAUCGAGACAAAUCCAUCGCGUCGGCUAUCAUUUCCCUACCACGGUCGUCGAUCAAGUCUGUGCCCAUUAUGGCAUCCGUCUCAACAACAGAGGUGAACUCAUCGACGAGUCCAAGGAUGAAGAUCUCUUCCGCCGGGUAUAUCAGAACGCUGACGGCCAACGUCCGGCUGAAGAGAAGGAUCAGGUAACAAUCAACACGGAAGCCAAACAAACAAUCAAAGAUUUGUUCCCGAAAAUUCCGGACAGUGAUCUAUUUAGGAUCAUCAAGCACGCUUUCCAGCUGAGUGACGCCAGAGUUGGGACCGCGCAAGAAUUGAGCCUGCUUCGGAGAGCCCACCUCGCCGUCGUCGCCCAUAUUCGACAUAACUACACGUCAUACGACAAAUUGCUAAAGCACGUACAAUACAACGAAGCUCGCCACCAGGUUGAAAAGGAAACUCUCGAAAAAAUCAUUGAGUGGCGUGGUGGGGAAGACAUGGCUCUUGAAGAUACCGGUCAUGCUGCCGACGAUCUCCUCAGGGAUGUCAUUGUCAUCUCCGACGAGGAUGCUUCCGAGGGCGAGGCGGAUGAUGUUCAACCUCUACCUCAAGAGCAGGUCCGUGUUGAGGAGCUUCCGGCCGCAGCCCACGGUCGAGGUUAUGACCGCUCCCCUUCUCCAGUGGUAGAAGCGCAGCGCGAACGUUACCAGCAGCAUCCACGACUUGUGCAGAGCUACAGACCUACUGAAGCCGAAAUCGCUCAACGGAACCAGACCAGGUACGCUGUCUGGGACCAAGUGAGACGGGACUAUCACUCCAGAAUAGCCCAGACACCUACCACAGGCGUGGACAGAGUCUACAACCCCGAACCUGCUCAGGCGUCUCGCAUCCUGAUACCCCUCGACGAUACUGCCCCUCGACCUGCUCCGCUGUUUCGAUACGAAGUACCUGCGCAAAGACCCGUGAGGAUAGAAUACGAGCCGCUUCCGCCACCUCGACCGAAUCCGCCACAGUUUAUUCGAGAUGCCAAUGGCAACCUUUUCGAACGGGUUGAUUCUCAGCCACGCGCGACACCCGUGGAGACAUCGCAACGCCACUACCAACACGAGGCCCCAGCAAUGACUGGGGCGCUGCACCUGAUGGGUCUUACGCUCCAUCUCGGCUACGCCGCAACCCCUUCGACAGAGAAGUAG